CACACGCCGCUUGAUCAAAGCAAGCCCUCUAUUCGGUUGCUGGGGGUCCAUGCCGACCUCUCAUUUGCAGACUCCAUACAAUGCCAAAUCUGGCAUGAUGACAUCGACGCGGAUUAUACGUGUUUAUCUUAUGUUUGGGGCUCCGAAGACGACCAAUCUGCCAUGUUCGUAAAUGGUAAACCUUUUUUGUGUCGGAAGAACCUGCGGGAUUUUCUCAGCGUCGCGCGAACGAGAUAUGCCUCCGCAACGCCUGCGUUUUGGAUUGACGCCAUAUGCAUUGACUAA